GAAUGGGUUGGAGGAAUGUCCCCUGGCAUACUGGAUGAUGUAAUCAGACGUCUCACAGAGGUCCAAUCAGCAAGGCCGGGGAAGCAGGUCCAUCUCUCGCAGUCUGAGAUCCAGCAGCUUUGUGUAGCUUCCAAAGACAUCUUCCUUCAACAGCCCAAUUUGCUGGAGCUUAAAGGCCCUGUCAGUAUUUGUGGCAACAUCAAUGGGCAAUACUCUGACCUGUUGAGGCUCUUUGAACAUGGUGGUUUUCCUCCUAGUGCAAAUUAUCUAUUCCUAGGUGGUUAUGUGGAUUAUGGGAAGCAAAGUAUAGAAACAAUGUGCCUCUUGCUUGCUUAUAAAAUCAAACAUCCGGAGAACUUCUUUCUCCUUAGAGGGAAUCAUGAAUGUGCUUCUAUCAACCUAAAACAUGGAUUUUAUGAUGAAUGCAAACGGCGGUUCAAUGUGAGAAUAUGGAAAUGCUUCAAUGACUCUUUUAACUGUCUUCCUGCGGCAGCUCUUGUAGAUGACAGAAUAUUAUGUGUGCAUGGUGGUCUUUCGCCCGAUUUGGAGAACUUGGAUCAGAUCAGAAACUUGCUUCGUCCUAGUAAUGUCCCUGGUAACGGCUUGCUUUGUGAUUUGCUCUGGUCAAGUCCUUGUAGUGAUGUUAAGGGAUGGGGAACGAACAAACACUCAGAACACAUUGAAGUCCCAUUCUCUUACUUAACCUUUGGCUCUGAUAAGGUGACAGAAUUCUUAAUGAAGCAUGAUUUGGACCUUCUUUGUUGUGCACAACAGGUUGUGGAGUGUGAUCGCGGCUAUGAAUUCUUCGCCAACAGGCAACUUGUUACAAUUUCAUCAGCCCCCAACUUCCGCGGUGAACAUGACAAUCCUGGAGCUAUGAUGCAUGUAGAUGAGACCUUAAUGUGCUCCUUCCAGAUUCUCAAGGCAAAAGUCAAGAGAUCUGUGUUCAAUUUUUCACCAGUCACAAGAGCAUUUCAUAGAAAUCCUUAA